AGGAGAGAGAACUACUGUAGCAGGCAUGAGAGCGAGCAGUUAGAGAGCCGAGAGUGGAGAUCGUGUCAACGUCAGUGCGAGGAAAAAGCGCUGUGAAUUUCGACUGAACGGGACGCGAUGACAGACGCGUAACAGAUCUCAACGCGUGCCUUUCAUUCACUUUGGCCGCUAAGACACCGUAGGGGUGGGUGGGUGGGGGGGGGGAGAUUGCCGAUAGAAGAUAAAGAAAUAGAAAAGGCAGGAGGGAGAGGAAGAAAGAGAGAGAGAGUAAAUAAAAGAACUAACCAGGCGCAUCCACACAGACUGCUGCUCAAGAAUGCGCAGAAUUCCAGCGGAGACGGAUCCGGCCAGCCAAGAGACCGCAGCUCACGGGCUGCCGCUGUAACGCGGAUUCUAGCGCAGAAAAAAAAGUCCAGCGGAGAUUCAGAGACAGAAACGGAAACAAGGAGGGGGUCGACCUGAAGUUCUGAAUCGGCACAGCGGGGCUGGGGGCUGGGGGGGUUUAAACGUCUGUCCUGCUCCUUCUGCCUGGUCACAACCGCACAAACUUUAUCAAUGGCUCUGAUCAUGGAACCUGUUAGCAAGUGGACGCCGAGUCAAGUCGUGGACUGGAUGAAAGGCCUGGAUGACUGCCUACAGCAGUACAUCAAGAACUUCGAGAGGGAGAAGAUCAGUGGCGACCAGCUCCUCCGCAUCACGCACCAGGAGCUGGAGGACUUGGGGGUGUCACGAAUCGGCCACCAGGAGCUCAUCCUGGAGGCUGUGGACCUGCUCUGUGCUCUGAACUAUGGUCUGGAAACCGAAAACCUUAAAACGCUGUCUCACAAGCUCAAUGCUUCAGCCAAAAACCUGCAGAACUUCAUCACCGGCCGGAGGAGGAGCGGACACUACGAUGGCAGAACCACCAGAAAGCUGCCGAACGACUUCCUGACGUCAGUGGUCGACCUGAUAGGGGCAGCCAAGAGCCUGCUAGCUUGGCUGGAUAGAGUGAGAAGACUGCGGAAGUACCAUGCAGGUUUACGGUGGAAGAGGUCUCCCUUUGCUGCAGUGACAGAUUACUCUGUCACAAGGAAUAACGUCAUUCAGCUGUGCCUGGAGCUGACCACCAUUGUACAACAGGAUUGUACCGUUUAUGAAACGGAGAAUAAGAUUCUUCAUGUGUGCAAGACUCUCUCCGGAGUGUGCGACCACAUCAUCUCCCUGUCGUCUGACCCCCUCGUCUCCCAGUCCGCGCACCUCGAGGUGGUGCAGCUGACCAACAUCAAGCCCAGCGAAGGCCUGGGGAUGUAUAUCAAAUCAACUUAUGAUGGACUGCAUGUAAUUACCGGAACAACUGAAGGCUCUCCAGCUGAUCGAUGCAAGAAGAUCCACGCUGGGGAUGAAGUCAUCCAAGUCAACCAUCAGACUGUGGUGGGGUGGCAGUUGAAAAACUUGGUAAACGCGCUGCGUGAAGAUCCCAGUGGUGUGAUCUUGACAUUGAAAAAGCGACCUCAAAGCAUGCUAACAUCUGCCCCGGCUUUACUAAAGAACAUGCGAUGGAAGCCUCUUGCAUUGCAGCCCAUCAUCCCCAAGAGUCCCACCAGCAGUGUGGCCACGCCCUCCAGCACAAUCAGCACGCCCUCCAAGCGGGACAGCUCCGCCCUCCAGGAUCUCUUCAUCCCUCCGCCACCCUCUGAGCCCUACACACCCCGCGAUGACAAGGGAAACCUGCCCAGCGACGACAUCACCCGGCACCACGCUGGGAUCCCGGUGGCCAAGGGCUCGGAGUCGCCCAACUCCUUCCUGGAUCAGGAGUACAGGAAGCGCUUCACCGUGCUGGAGGAGGACGCGGUGCUCUACUGCUACGAGUACGACAAGGGCAGGGGCCCCAGCCGCCGCGACGCCACGCCCACGUAUGGCCGGCUGAGGCCGAUCUCUAUGCCGGUGGAGUAUAACUGGGUCGGUGAUUAUGAAGACCCCUCAAAGAUGAAGAGGGAAGGAAGGCGAGAGAACUCCCUGCUUCGAUACGUGAGCGAGGACAAGGCGCCGCCCGAGGAGUACAUGACCCAGCGCAGCAGCAAGCGGGACACGGGCAGGAGGUCGAAGAAGAAGGGCGACAAGGGGGGCAGCCCCAGCCACUACGCCCUGCUGCCCGCCCUGCAGAUGGAGGUGAUGAGGCAGGAGUCCCUCUCCACCCUCAACCCGGACACCUCGCUCUACCACACAUUUCAACAGUCUUCACUGCAUCAGAAGUCCAAAAAGAAGAACAAAGGGGCCGCGGCGGCGAUGAGCAAGCGGAGGAUUUCCUGCAAGGACCUGGGCCGCGGGGACUGCGAGGGGUGGCUGUGGAAGAAGAAGGACGCCAAGAGCUACUUCUCUCAGAAGUGGAAGAAGUACUGGUUUGUGCUGAAGGACGCUUCCCUCUACUGGUACAUGAACGAAGAAGACGAGAAGGCGGAGGGGUUUAUCAGUCUUCCCGAGUUCAAGAUCGACAGGGCCAAUGAAUGCCGCAAGAAAUAUGCGUUCAAGGCCUGCCACCCAAAGAUUAAAAGUUUCUACUUUGCUGCUGAUGGCGUGGAUGACAUGAACAGGUGGCUCAGCAGACUCAACAUGGCCACAGCGGGGUACGCAGAGCGAGAGAGGAUAAAACAAGACCAAGAUUACUGGAGCGAGAGUGAGCACGAGGACAAUGACACACCUUCCACUCCGAAACAGGACAGCCCGCCUCCCCCCUACGACACCUACCCCCGGCCCCCCUCGAUGAACUGCGCCAGCCCCUACCUGGAGCCCAAGCACGGCCGCCUGUCCUCCACCGAGACCUCGCAGUCGCACUCCUCCCACGAGGAGUUCCGGCACGACCACACGGACCGGAGCAGCACGGACUCGCCCGUGCGGAAGUCUGCCAGCCAGCGGCGCUCCUGGCAGGACCUGAUCGAGACGCCGCUCACCAGCUCGGGGCUGCACUUCCUGCAGACCCUGCCGCUGGAGGACUCCGUGUUCUGCGAGCCGGGCGGCGGCGGCGGCGGCGGCGGCGGGGGGGCUGUGUCCCCCGAGCACAGGCGCCAGUCCACCCUGCCCGCCCAGCGCAGCCUCCUGCACGACCACUACGGCCCCUUCCCCGUGGCCGAGGGGGAGAGGCUGAGGGAGCUGGGGGCCGGCGGCGGGAAGCCGCGGAGCUUCACGCUGCCCCGCGAUGGAGGGCUGAGCCACGGCGGCCUGACCCCCUCGGUCAGCGCCUCUGAGCACCGGGAGCUGCCAGAGCACGACAGCGGGAAAGCCCAGGACAAGGUGUCAGGCAGCGAGCGUGAGGAGGAGAGGGCAGCCGACUCGCUGAGGGACCUGUACUGGGCCCUGGAGCGGGCCAGCCUGUCCCCCCUGGGCGAGCGCCGGCUGUCCACCAAACUCGAGUACAAGCGCUCCUUCAUCAAGCGCUGCAACGACCCCGUGAUCAACGAGAAGCUGCACCGCCUCCGUAUCCUCAAAAGCACUUUAAAGGGUGUCCCGCUCCCGGACGGAGAGCCCCCAUCGGGAUAUUGAGGUUGGCCUGGAACCAGAGAGGACAUUCAGCUGCAACUGAGCUGCGGGUCCACACCCACCCCUUGUGCGGAGCCGGCCUGCGGGGGGAACCUGGCCCCCCAGGAGCAGAGCAGGCGGACGCCCCCUGUGGCCCUAGAGGCCUUGUUGACUGAAAUAAUAGUCCUGUGUCUUAACUACGGUAUUCCUAGCAGCACGACUCUCGUCGGGAUUGUGGAGUGCCAGGUGUUUUUUGGUUCGGUGUUGUUUUCUUUUCAAAGUCCCGUUACUGAAACAUCACAGUCUUACCACACGCCAUCACCUCCCCCUGAUUCUGCCUCCGCAGCCUGUGCUCAUCUGUUCGAGCUCAGUCUGCAGUCACUCAAACCGGUUAGUUCAUUAGGAGCCGGCUUAUCUUCUCCCCUCAUUCUGUAUAGCGAAUGGCAGCCUUAAAAAAAGGAGUUUUUAUUUUACCUGAACGGGACACAUUUACAUUUUGUCUCCCACCUUUCAUGUGCUGAUUAGUGAAAUCGUUUUAUGAAUCGGAGAUAUUUGUUACGCAGCUGUUUUUGUGCUUCUUUCAGUUCAACCCCGGAGGUUCGUUCCACUCGUGCUUUUGAAGAACACCAUUAAAAAUGGCCUGUAGACGACUUCCUUGUUUCCUUCAGAGGUGGUAGAUGAAAUAAUUUACCAGAAAAGUGCUGUAAAAGAUGCAAUAAGACUGGAGUGACACCCUGCCUGCUGCACACAGAUCUAUUCAGGUGGUUCGAAUUGCUUUAGGACUGAAUCAGACUCCCGCCGUGCCUUACUGAACCAUCACUCUUCAAAGCGAUUCAGAAGCAAGUGCUGAAUUUAAAAUAGACGUGGUUCUUACGAGCUGGCUUUUAUUUCAAUUCUUUCUUUGUGGAAAAAAAAAAUAGUUUGGUUAAUAAUUGAAUACAUGUAAAAUUGUAUGAUAAACCCACACGAGCCUUCUUAUUGAGCUCCGAUCUCUCUGGCUGAGAGCUGGACACGGAACAGAGUGGUGCUCAGGUGCCACUGUUCUCGGGACUGGGCAGCAUCAGUGCUUCAGGGCUAGGGGAAUCGAUGGCUGUUUGUUUUCCGAGACGCACAGUGAUGAAAAUCCUCGUGGAAGGGGGCUGGUGACGUGCCUUGCCAUUCUGCUCUGGCAGUGAGGGAUGUUGUCCUUGGGGAUGAAGCUGAGAAACUGUAGUGGCCAGUCUGCCAUUGAAAUGUCCUGGGAUGCAAGAGAGUACUGCCUGAUAGCUGGCUCUUCUCUGGGCUUUCUUAGUAUCAGACCUGCUGUCGUAGGCGAGCUAUCAGGUCCAGAGUGCUUCCAGAGCUGAGUCUACAGUUUCCUGUUAUAUGGUAUUGUUUCCUCGCGAGUUCUUAACGAUCUCCUGUCAUUUGUAACCAUUUGUGCAUGCCUGUGCUGGAACUGGUUUUUCUUUUUCUGUCUUACAUAUGAACAACUGUUCUGUUUGAGAAAGAAGCGGCCCGGUUGACUUCAUCAUUGGCUGAAUUUGUGCAGGAAUCCAGCUGUUGAUCAGAUCUAAAAAGCCUGCUGUAUUCUGGCCCUUGAGGACAGGAGUUACAGUGCAACAGGGCAGCUGAAGAAGACAGAGCAGCGAAAAGGUGUUAAAAGAAUAAGAUCCAAAACACUCCAGCUUGAACGUUUCACUUUUACUUUAAUCAACAUUUGCAUUUAUUUUCUGCAGUAUUUUUUAAAUAGUUAAGUUCUUCUGAAUGGAAGUGACAGUUCUUUCACAUCUAAAUUAGCUGGGCAGGGUUCUCCUUACUCUUUCCCCCCUGUUACUAACUAGUGUUAGUGCACUGUCAGAGCAGAUGACCUGCUUGGGUAUACAGUUUACAGCCUGAUUCAUUGUACUUUAUGUGCCUGUUUAUCAAGAUUUUCGUUUAAAUGUCAGAAAUGGAUGCAUUCUGUAAAUACAUCAACUGCACACAUAAAGGACAUUUGGAUGCAUUGGCGUUAUUACAGUAACUAUGUCACUUUUGUAAAUUUAUGAUUUAUGGUUAUUUAUAGAUAUAUAUAAACACUUGCUUCCUUUUUAACAAAAAUAACUGUUAUUGACUUCUGUAUGCAUGAUGGGUGUAUAAAUACUGUUUGUAUUUAUACACAUGCUGUAUAGUAUAUUUUAAUCAUUGUUAAUAUCUGGUUCAAUAAUUCAUGUAAAUUGUUUCAGUCUGGCCUGCUAAUUGAAAAUUGUACAUGUAUUUUUAACCCAUUAAUGCACACUUGAAGAUGGAUAUAUGGUUUGCAAUAAUAAGAAAUUAAUGAUGUUACAUUGUUGAGCUAUAACAUAUUAGAACAGGGUCUAUUUUUGUAUGCGUUAUAUUUAUUAGAGUGUUUUAACUUCCUUUUAAUACCCCAAUGCUAAAAUAUAUUUAUUAGUGGAGGAAUGCUAACAACUGAUCAUUUUCAAUUAGAAAAAGCCGAUUUCUUUGCCGUUGCAGAAGAAAAUAGAACCGUGAAUGUUCUGUAUCCAUUAAGAGUGUAUAAAGUAUUUUAACUUUAAGGUUAAAGGUUUAUUGUAAAAAUGGGAAUAUGAAGUGUUUUGAAGUUUUUGUCCUGAUGUACAAAAAUACUUUUACAAAUAAAUUGUUUAAUGUCUAACUGCUUGCACAUUAAUUUUGACCAGGCAUGAGUGGUGUACAGCAUCUGACUUGCAUUUCGGUUUUCUGGCUGUGCAGUCAUGUGUGAGUACAGUAUGUUAGUAACAGAACAGAUUCCUGUCCGUUGGCAAAUCAAGUGAAAGACAGCUGUUUUCCACUAGAGUACCCAUGACAUUCUUGAACAUCUCCUUCUCUCCUGCUUUGAUUACCUGGCUUCCCAAGCUGUUUCAGAGGCACACUUUCAACCUCCAAACUCCAUGCAGCUCAACACAUGACUUGCAAAUAAUCGCUGCGAGAAACUACAUUUAUUUCGAACUGAAACAGGUUACAAUUUUAAUGAGAAAUAUUUGACUUCCCCUUUUGGGGUUAGAAUUUCAGUGUGUAAUUUGAACAGAUUAGAAUACUCUUCAUAUGAAAUGAACAGAACGAUUCAAUAUUUGGUUGAAUGCAGAAAAGAGCUACAAAAAAAAACCCAGAUCCACACUUUUUAUACACGUCCUCUUCUGGGUCCUCAGCACACAAUUUGGGGAGGCUCUUCUAGAAGUGUAAAGUAUGCUGUAUUUUUAGAAAGCCUUCAUGACAGUCGAUAAUAAAUGCCGAAUAAGGAAUUACUAGAUAACACUGUUAUACUGUAUAUACAGUAUGCAAGCAACCUGCUCUCCUGUUUCAUGCAACUGCUCUGUUGGCUCAUGUCAAUGAGCUGUGUACC